UGCACAGGCCGAUAGUGGCAUGCAAAAGAAUCAGACAUCUUCUAGUAGGAUCUUUCUGGGAGAACGUUACUCUAGAACAUCUCGAGUUGAUAGCAUUGCUGAUAGGUCAAGCAAUUUUGAUCUUAUUGGGAAUAAUCGAGAAACUGCAGCUGCCGAUGUUUUGGCAGGUAUAUGUGGUUCAUUGCCUUCAGAAGCAAUGAGUUCUUGUAUCACUAGUUCUGCUGAUCCAGGAGAGAGUUACCACCGUUACUGGAAGUGCCCCAAAGUUUAUUCUCUGCUCAAAAGGCAUUCAAUACCUGAUUUUUCUCAGAAUGUUGAUGAAGGUACUUGUUCAGAUGAGAGUUGUGGAGACAUGGAUCCUACUGAUUGGACUGAUGAGGAAAAAUCUGUCUUUAUACAGGCUGUCUCAUCUUAUGGUAAAGAUUUUGCAAUGAUCUCGCAAUGUGUCCGAACAAGAUCCAGGGAUCAAUGCAAGGUUUUCUUUAGCAAGGCUCGCAAAUGCCUUGGGCUGGACUUGAUACAUCCAAGAAAUAGAAACACGUGAACACCCAUGAGUGAUGAUGCUAAUGGUGGUGGGAGUUAUAUGGAAGAUGCUUCUGUCCUUGAGCGCCCAGUUGUCUGCAGUGAUAAGUUGGGGUCUAAAUUGGAGGACUUUCCUUCCAAUUUUGUCAGAAUGAAUAUGGAUGAAUGUGAUCCUAUCAGCAAACCGGUUUUAAAAACUGAGCUGAACUUACCAGACGAAAAUAAUGGGAAUCAUGUUGCUGGUCAGGCAAUUUCUGAGUGUGGUACUGAUGAUAUGGAUGUUGAUAGCAAUGCGAAGUCAUUAAAGGUUCAGAAAAGUGUUGCUUCAGGGGACCUAAAUUCUGGAAGAAAUCAGGUUGUUGAACAGGGUGUGUCUGUUGCAGUAUCAGCAUCUAUUGGGGUGGCAGCUCAUCAUUGUACUCCUAUAGAUGUGGCCGAGUUCAGGCCUGCUACUGGUUGUUCUAAUGAGGGCUUUAGGAAUGAUUUCAUGGCACGGGAAACUUCAUUGUCCAAAAAUGUUGUGGAUGAACAUGAUUCAAAAUGCAGAGCGUAGACUAGCAGUCAGUAUAUGUAGGCGAGAUUCAAAUAAAACCAGUGAUGAAUCUGCUGGUCAGAACUCUUCUUCAGGUUUUAGCUUCAAUACCGAAGGUCAUCUUCCCAACUUGGAUUCUGCCGUUGAGCCUUCUUUUGGUAAAAAUUCUUCUGCUGAAAGUUCUGCAUUGCAUGAUUCCAUUUUCCUUCGAUGUGAAAAAUUAUGCAACCUAGAUAAAUUGUCAUCAUCAAUUGAUUAUCAGGGGAAUGAAGCCAAACCGGCUCACAUAUCCAUCUUUGAAGAUGAGCCAAAUUGUCUAUCUGGAAAGCCCUUGGUGAAUCUUACUGAAUCCUGCCAGAUCCUAAGGGUUAUCCCUUGCAAAUUUCAACAUUGAAAGAAAUCAAUAGUGAUGCCAAAAGCCUUUCAACAUCCAAAAGGGGGGUUGCCGGUCCGUAUUUGGCUGAAUAUUGUUAUCUUCAGAAGUGCAAUAGCUCAAAAUCAACUGCCGAGCUUCCACACUUGGUGCAGAACUUGGAACAAGCCAAGGAUCGUCCAAAAUCCCAGACUUCAAACAUUUCAGGCAUAGGAAAGCCUUGCGGGAAUGGUAACGUCAAGCUUUUUGGUCAGAUGUUAAAUUCUAAUUCCCAACAUUUAAAACAGAACACAAAACCGUCGAAUUUCAAGUCUACAGGUAAUAAUGUUGAUGGAAACUCAAAGUUCAAUCAAAGUAAUAAUCGUGUGCCUGAAGCUGUUGCAAAGAGAAGUUACGGUUUUUGGAAUGGUAGCAGAAUUCAAACUGGGUUGUCACCUUUGCCCGAUUAUGCUAUUUUAAUGGCAAAGUACCCUUCUGCAUUUGUCAAUUAUCCGACAUCCUCUUCUCAAAUGGAGCAGCAGGCAUUGCAGACUGUUGUCCACAAUACUGACCGAACUUCGAAUGGCCGUGAUUGUACCAAGGUUAAUCUUUUCGAUCCUUAGCUAAUUAAUUUACAUUAGUUGAUAGUUUGUGUUAUAUAGAUUUUGACAUGUUCGUAAAUUUGUGUUGUAUUCUUUUUUAUAUAAUGUCGUGUUUUGUG